GGCAGUAACUAUGAGAAAACCUCCAAUAAUUCCUCUUAUAUCCUCAUAUAAAUAGUUAUUAAAUAUUCUCGUCACUGGCCUUUAGGGCUGGUGUGGAGGGAUGUUCUGGGUUGAAGGAGGCAGAGUGACCUUCAACGGCACAGUUUGGGAGUGGGAAAAGCUUACGGGUUAGUGAUCACAGGCUAAAAUGGCGGUCAUAGAGAGGAACGUGUUGUAGAGCUCUCAAAAAGCCUUGUCUGCAUUACACGUGUUUUUCUGAAUGUUGAAAGUUGGGUUGAUUUGAAUCAUUUUAAAUCUACUGUAGUCUAAGGAAAGAAGAGAAAUUUUCUUUUGGUUUGACUAAAAGAAGUUUCGUAGGAAUCAACCAUUUUGUAUGUCACGAAAUCCGAUCUAACGUAAUUUAGAUGAGACGACUUUUAUGAUUUUCUCCGUAGACUUUCUUUCGAUCUAAAUAACACAGCAUUUGACUGAAAAUGAUAAAAUUUUAACUUGUAAUUUUACUUAAGAGGGUUUUUUUCAUUGUUCGGGAAAGAUGAGCUUUUGAAAGAGGUUCGGAUUUUUUGCUCAGGUUAAAUCAGAUAAGACAUUGAAACCCUAUACGUAUUAGAAAAACAGUAACAAUUAACGGUAGCAUAAAGACAUUGAAACCCUAUAAUGUGUAUCCAACUUGUAUGGUUUAAGUUUCACUGUUCAAUUCGUUUGACCCUAAUUUGAAUCGAGUGCCUCAAGAAACUAUUGACCUUAAAUUCUCUUCUGUUUUUCCAAAUGACUGGCCUUAAGAUUGUACAAUUCUUCUCGUAAAGUUGGGAUAUUGAAUUUAUCAGUUCUCUAUUUGGCCUCUGAUCUAUACACUUAAUUCAAUGGACUCCGAUCCAAGCAUUCAAAACGGAAUAGAAAUGGACUUGGAACUUCUUACACGGCAUAUAGAUGGUGCGUUAUCUGCCGCUGUGAUUAAUAAGAGCUGCCGUAGUGACAAGGGUGAAGGUGGUACGGAAUUCUCCGAUUUUGUUCAGCCUGCUUCUUCUGCAUUUAUCGAACUAUUAGAAGGACGGAUCUCGGAGGGCUCCAAGUUAUUUUCAAAUCAGAAAUCAUUAUCCUCGAGCACAUGGGCUACUGACGCAAGAACAGUGGCUGUGGAUGUUCUCAGAGGAGUGAGUAAUAUCCACUGGAGUGCAGUUGGGCUGUUAGCAGUGGCGAUUGUCCUGGAAAGGCUCGACAAAAUUUCCUCAAACGACAGAGAAUGUGUGGAUCUUCUCCGAGGGAUGAAUGACUUGGCAAAAUGUAUUAAGCAGCUUCAGGAAAUCAAGGCUCAUUUGCACAAGGAGAUAAGAGAAAAGAUGUCUGAGGGUGUUUAUCUGAUAAUCACUGGAGCAUUGAUGUGUACUUCUGUUAUUCGAUCUAAGAAAUUAUCAAAGUUCCUGCUGUCUACAAAGAUACGGGAAGAGCUUAAUUUUCUAAGGGGACAAGUAGAUCGUAUGUUCAGAGAUAUUAUGUUACAAGUGCAACUGAAGACACUAUUUUCUUUUAUGUCAUAUACGUCACUUCAAUCCACACCAGAAGCUCCAGGUGGGAUUUGGUCGCAGUCUGAGAAAGAUGUCGCUGAAACUUCAUCCCAGGGACAAAUUCAUAGAAAUGCAAUUUCUUUCAACUCACAGCAAACAAAUCACCACCAACCUUUUAACUGGAAUCAUGGUCACUCUUCACAAAUUGCAAGCCAUAGGAGGAAUAAUCAUUAUCAAAGGAAAGGAAUAAUAUCACUCAUUGUUCGGGGAAUCAGGGGAGGCAGAAAAACAGUGGGUGAUGAAAAAUACGAGCGUUUGGUCUUGCAGAAAGGAAUGAAGGAUUUAGUUCUAGGCACAACUGUGUUCCCAUUCAAUGAAAUUCAGAUUGCAUGUCAAUAUUUUCACCCAAAAAAUAAGCUAGGAGAAGGGGGAUUUGGGUCUGUAUAUAAGGGAACUUUUGCAGAUGGUAAGCAAUUGGCCAUAAAGAGAAUAUCUGAAGAAGGAAGGAGCUUAUUUACGAAUGAAUGGGGUAUUGCUUCACGUUUACAACAUCGUAACCUUAUAAAGCUGUACGGAUUUUGCAUUGAAGGAGAUGAGAUAUUGCUUAUUUACGAAUACAUGCCUAAAGGAAGCCUUCAAGACCUUUGCUUCAAUCCUUCAAAGGUCCAAGUCCUUGAUUGGAGAACCCAUUUGAAUAUAUUUGAAGGGGUAGCACGUGGGCUGGCAUAUCUCCAUGAGGAUUCUGGGAUUUGCAUAGUGCAUAGAGAUAUAAAACCCAGUAAUAUAUUACUUGACGAGAAUUUCAAUGCCAAAAUUGCAGAUUUUGGUUUGGGAAGAGUCUUAGAUAAGAAUGACAUCCAUCAAAACAUACCAGUUGCUGGAACAGAAGGCUACAUAGCUCCCGAAUGUAAGUCUGAUGGUCGAGUAACAGAUAAAGCAGAUGUUUUCAGCUUUGGUGUGGUCGUGUUACAAAUAAUGUCUGGCAAAAGACAGGUGGAAUCUAAUUUCUCCUUCCCAGACCUUGUGAAGUGGGCGUGGAAUCUUCAUGAGGAGAAUCGCCAUUUCGAUCUAGUAGACAGCAGGUUACUUUGUAGUGAAAAUUUCGACUCAAAAAUUGCAAUGAGAGUGAUACUGAUUGCCCUUCAAUGCACACAAGAAGCGAGGUUGAGACCUUCAAUGUCAAAGGUAUCAUUCUUGUUGUCGUUGUCUAGCGAAGCAGAAAUUGGCAUGCCUACACUGACAAAGCCAGAUUAUCUCUGUAACAGCUAAUUGGCCCUCUUUCUUAAUGUUAUUCUAGUCAAUUUCCUGUCACAAACCUUAGUUCUUUCCUAAGCUUUACUCAAAUUCACAUGCCAUGUGAGUAAUAUUUGGCACAUCAUCUAAACUCACUCACCGUUCAGAUCUCCUUUACAAUUAAAUUUACACGUACAGUACAUCAAAAGUACCCUCUAUCAAUAAUUCCACAAGAAACUAAUUUAGAGAUUGCUCAUAACACUUACCUUCAUUUCAUAUUUUCUAGUUUGUAUCCAAAAUAUUCUUAGCAACAAGAUUCUAUAUGUAUGCUACAUUACUUCGUUGGCUGGUUGCCUUUGUGUGGUCCCAGCAGCUGAGCCCUGUUAAUGCUCAGUUUUAACGAAUAAGAAAAAUGACAAUUAAUUAUUUAAAUUUUGAUUUUUAUAAAUUAUAGAAAUUAUAAAUAAUAUUUUAUUAUUAAAAUUAUUCAACAGAUGA